AUGGGUCCCUUUCUAGGGUCGUUCUCUUAUCUUUGGAUCAUAAAAAUCGCCCGAAGCGCCCGCCAGGAGAAGCUAUACCGAACUAUCAACGACGACUACAACAGCCGCCUAGUCCGCGUAGGCCCCAAUGAGCUCCUCACUGACGACCCAGAGGUCUUGCGACGUGCGAACGCUGUGCGUGGCGACUAUGGCAAAGACGGCUGGUACAUCUCCGCCCGCUUUAACCCUUACCAAGACACUAUGAUCACCGUAUUGGACAAGACGCUUCAUGAUAAGAUGAAGGCUAAGACAGCCGCUGGCUACGCGGGACGUGAGAUCGAUCUUUUGGAGCCAAGCGUCGACGAGCAGAUCACCAGUCUCAUCACUCUCCUCAAGACAAGCUAUGCAGACACGAACGUGUUAGUCGACAUGGCUGAGUUGUCGGUCUUCCUGACCAUGGAUGUCAUUACAAGCGCAUCAUUCGGAAAGCCCUUUGGCCAUCUAAACGCGAACGCGGAUGUCUUUGGCUUUAUCGAAGAUGUGAGAAAAAAUUGGCCGGUAAUCGCGCUUAUGCUGGACGCUCCUAUUCUCCGCAGCGUCAUGUUCUCCAAGUGGUUCCUCAGUUUCAGUGGUCCGCGACCGACCGAUAAGCGCGGGCUGGGCCAAAUGAUGGGAAUUGCUGAGAAGCACGUCGGUGAAAGAUUCAAAACCGGCUCAGAGCAACAGCGGGAUAUGUUGGGAUCUUGGAUCAAGAAUGGCAUGAGUAGGGAAGAGUGCGAGGCAGAGGGUCUCUUUGCGUUGGUUGCUGGAUCCGACACUACUGCAUCUGUGAUUAGAAUCACACUGCUGCACUUGAUGAGCAACGCCAGAGUUUAUUCGAAGUUUAGAGAUGUAAUUCAGCAAGCAGUCAAGGCUGGUGUAUCGACCCCUAUCACGUACGACGAGGGCACCAAGAUUCCUUACUUGAGGGCUUUGAUCUACGAAGGAAUUCGCAUCCGAGCUCCCGCCACUGGACUUUACCCGAAGACGGUUCCUCCUCAGGGCGAAACUAUUCACGGCAUAUUUGUUCCUGGAGGCACAGCUAUCUGUAUGAAUGCACCUGCGAUGCUUAAGUCUCGCGCUAUGUUUGGUGCAGAUGCAGACCUUUUCCGGCCCGAGCGCUUUUUAGAAGUUGAUGAUGCCACCAGAGCUAGCUUGGAGCGUGAGGUGGAAAUGGCAUUCGGCUAUGGGCGUUACAUGUGCGCCGGAAAGCCUGUCGCUUUCAUGGAGCUGUUCAAGACCUUUUUUGAGUUGAUGCGCAACUUCGACUUUGAGCUUGCGAAUCCUGUCAAGCCGUGGGACUCGUACAGCUACAACGUUUUCGUGGAAGAGAACAUGUGGGUUAAGGUCACUUCAGCCAAGGUCGAGUGA